CUAACGUCACGGCGCCUGUUCUUCGCCAGCGAGCCACGAACGGCUCAUUCGCUCGCAAGUCGGCGCGUUCGUGAGCACCCCGCCGUCAUUGCCGACCAGACCGCAAGAGUGACAGCACGCCUUCUUACGCGCGACUAAAGUUUUAUAUCUUACGCUAAUACUGUGACGAAAAUUUUUAUUUCAUACGAAAAGUAGAAGAGAAAAUUUUCCAAAACGGCUAACGAUAUUAUAAUAAUCUAUACGAAAUUGCGAAUAUUUCAUCGCAACAUUUGACGACGGCGAUUUUUUAGGACGCAAGUCGCUUUCGAUCGCCGCUCGUAAAUUCUUUUGUAGAAAAGAGAAAUAAUAUAACUUUUUUGUGCGACUGCGACUCUGUCUCUUUGGACGGCGCCCGGAAAGGAACCGAAAAUGUCGAAAAAGCAUCUCCACAACCAAGCCGCUAUACCGUUAGCGCCAGCGGUCUUUAAGAAACCCCAAUUGCGGCCGAUGAUAGCCGAAUAUGAUCCCAAGAGGAAAGGAGUUAAAAAUGAUCUAUCAGAUGUCGUCAUGGUCAAAUACAAAGUUGAUCCGAAUGAGAUCCCUGUGGAACAGCAGGCGGGUUCCACCCUCCCCCUCAUGGAGAUUCCGGGCCGGGAUAUUGAGGCUGACGAGGAUUACAACCCCUUCGAGCACAGAAAACUAGCACACCCUACGUCGGAUAUGGAUACUCUCAUCCAUCUUUUAAAGGGCUCACUGGGAAGUGGUAUCUUAGCAAUGCCAAUGGCCUUCAUGAACGCUGGUUUAUACUUCGGUCUCGUCGCCACGUUUAUGAUUGGAGGAAUAUGCACCUACUGUGUGCACGUCCUCGUGAAAACUUCUCACGAGCUCUGCAGGAGGAUACAAAAACCAUCUCUAGGAUUUGCUGAGACCGCUGAGGCUGCAUUCUUAUCCGGACCACCAGCUGUGCAUAAAUUUUCAAGACUUGCCAAAGCUAUGAUAAACUGGUUCCUCGUGAUCGACUUACUUGGUUGUUGCUGUGUAUACAUCGUAUUUGUCUCCAAGAACGUUAAGCAGGUCGUGGACUACUAUGCCAAAGAUAACAACUGGCUUCCCAAUAAUCUUGACGAACGGAUCUACAUGGUAGCGCUCCUACCUUUGCUAAUCUCAAUGAACCUUAUCAGAAAUCUUAAAUACCUCGCGCCUUUUUCGAUGAUUGCUAACCUGUUAGUCGCAACUGGAAUGGGAAUAACAUUCUACUACUUAUUCCAAGACAUUCCAUCUGUGAGCACGCGUGAAACAUUUGCUGGAUUUGAACGCUUACCGACUUUCUUUGGAACUGCCAUCUUCGCUCUUGAAGGUAUUGGUGUCGUUAUGCCCCUUGAAAAUAACAUGAAGACUCCGACUCACUUCAUUGGCUGCCCUGGAGUACUUAACACUGGCAUGUUCUUCGUGGUGUCGCUCUAUGCCCUGGUUGGAUUCUUCGGCUACUUAAAAUUCGGGCCUGCAACCGCUGGCAGCAUUACUUUGAACUUGCCUGAUUAUGAAGUAUUGGGUCAAAGCGUGAAACUCAUGAUCGCCGUCGCUAUCUUCUUCACAUACAGUCUGCAGUUCUACGUUCCAAUGGAAAUUAUCUGGAAGAACGUUCGCCAUCUCUUCGGAGCCAGAAAAAACCUCGCAGAAUACAGCAUUAGGAUUAUUCUCGUGAUCUUGACUCUCUGCACAUCCAUCGCUAUUCCGAAUCUUGGACCCUUCAUAUCGCUUGUAGGCGCCCUUUGCUUAUCUUUCCUGGGACUGAUCUUCCCCGCCAUCAUUGAAACCGUAACCUUCUGGGACCGCCCCAACGGACUAGGGCGCUUCAACUGGGUGCUCUGGAAGAACAUGUUCCUUGUCUGCUUCGGAAUCCUCGGAUUCCUGACAGGUUCCUACGUCAGUAUUCUAGAUAUAAUCAGCGGUAAGGAAUAAACGAGUAACGCGAAAGACUAAGGUAGAAUAUAAGGCUCAAAUUGAAUGUUUUAAGGGCUAAGUUUUUUCGGUAUUCGCUUUUAUUAUAAUUAUUAUUUUAUAUUAUUUUACUUUAAUAGAGAUUCGUAACUAUCGUGAGUUUUCAAAGCUCAAAUGUUAUUUUUCGAGAUUAGUAUUACACCCAUUGUGGUAGUUCGCGUAAAGCGGGUUGUGUAUUUAUAUAUGUUUAUUUAGCCCCGAAUCUCUGUAGCCAUUUCACAUAGAUGUAAGAAAAUGUAGAUACCUAACUUUAUGUGUGAGAAUUUUUCUAGUGCAUUAUCGAAAUGUGAUAAAAUAUUAGGUUACGUGAAAAUGCAUUAUUUGCUAUAUGUAGAAAACAAAACAAUAUUUUGAAAGGUUAAAACAAAAUCGAAGUUAAAAUUUCCACGUGUCUAAACUUAAAAAUGAAUUGUAGUUUUUGGGGCUCCCGUUAGGCCAAAUAUUUCAAGCAGACAAAGGCAUUUCUACUCAAUAGGGGAAUAAUGAUUUUAAUAAUAUAUCAAACCAUAUCGAAAGAACGCAUUUACUUUAUAUUUUUGGCAUGCCGUGUUGUAGGUACCUACUACUGAGCCAUUUGUACCGUCUCAUAGUGAGGACGUAAUCUAUACAUAUUUAUAGUAUUUAGAUACAUUAAGAAUGUGUAUUUUUGUAUUUAUAAUGCUUCGUGUAGUAUGUAUCUGUGUAGGACAAUUAAUAUUUCGAAAUAUUCAAUAAUUUAGAUGACGAUUAAAAAUCGCAACGUGUAUAUUGAAUUAAAAAAUAUUAGUUAUUUUGCAUUAUGAAAUGUAAAACGUAUGUUAUGUCUUUGAAAAUUGUGAUAAACGGAUUUCAUAGUUUGGACACAUUAAGGACCUCGGUGUCGCGAUUUUCGGUUGAUUAAAAUUUUAAAAAAUACACAGACACGUACAAAGACAGUAGACAAUUUUAUCGCGACAUCGAUUCUCAUGAUAAAAACAACUUGACUUGUAAUUCCACAAUUAAUGUAAUAUAUUUUCGUUUUUUUUUUUUUUGUGAUGGUUAGGUUUUCAAGCGGUUGAGUUUUUACUUCAUCGACUAAAAAUCCGCCCGAAUGUUAUUUAUACUUUUUAGUAAAACUUAAUCAUAGAGCUGGUAAUACACGUGGUUGUUUUAUGAGGGCCCUUUUGCCUAAUGAAUUUCAGAAUUUGUUAUUAUUCAAUAAAAUACUAUUAUUGACCAAAUACUUUUAUAAUUCAUUAAAUUAUAAAUCGAAAUAACAUCUUGAUAUUGUUUUACUUUUAUGAGACGUCAAUAAUCGUAUUUUUUAUCUUUUUUUAAUUGCAAAAAUAUUGUGAAUUAGUAACAAUUAAGAGUUGACUAGUUAGACAAAAAAAGACUACUAAAAAUAUUCAAAUGUAACAAAAUAUUUUACUGCCUACAAAAUAGUGUAAGUCAAUUCUUGAAUGGCUUUUUUUGAAAUGUUUACUAAAAAUAAUAACGUUACUAUUAUUAUAUAAACACGAGUAAUAUAAUAUUUAAAGUAAAUAAUAGGUUUUCUUACUUCAAGAAAAUCAUUCCUAUUAAAUAUUUUUUGGUAUGCAUCGAAACAUGCCAAGAAAGUAGUGAUUGUUUUGUUACAGUAUUAAAAUAAAUCAGUUUUAAGGGA